AUGUACAGCCAAGGGGUUGAAUUAGCCUGCCAAAAAGAAAGAGAGUCUGUGAAGCACUCUGUAGAAUACACAUGGAACCUAGCAGAGGCCCAGCAAAAACUCGGUAGCUUAAUACUGCAUAAUUCAGAAUCCCACGAUCAGGAAUCUGCUCAAGCAAAGUUGAAAGCUUCAGAGUUGCAACUGAGAGAGGAAGAGUGGAGAAGAAAAGAAGAAGCACUAAACAAUACAGCCAGGCAGAAUCUAUGGAACACAGAUCCUGUUAGUAAGGAGGUAUUUAAUAAGAGUUUGAUUAACCAGAGAAGAAAAGAAAUAGAAGAUGAAAAUGUGUCUGAAUCAUUUAUGCAAAAACAUGAGCAAAAGCUGAAACACUUUGGUAUGCUGAGCAGAUGGGAUGAUAGUCAAAAAUUUUUGUCUGAUCACCCAUAUCUUGUAUGUGAAGAAACCUCUACGUAUCUCAUGAUGUGGUGUUUUCAUCUAGAAGGUGAACAGAAAAGAGCUCUGAUGGAGCAAGUAGCACACCAAGCAGUUGUAAUGCAGUUUAUUAUAGAAAUUGCCAGAAGCUGCAAUGUGGAUCCAAGAGGCUGUUUUCGUGUCUUUUUCCAAAAAGCCAAAGUAAGAGAAGGCUAUUUUGAGGUUUUUAAAAAUGAACUUGAGGCAUUCAAGACAAGAGUGAGAAGCUGGUCACAAUCAAGUGGCUUUCCAGCUAUGUCACUAGAUCAUCUCAGCACCAAUCCUGGUCCUGUAGGAGAGCUGACAUCUCUUUCACAGAACGCAGGUGAUGCACAAGGUUCCAUAAACCCAGAUGUCUCCAGUUUAAACUCUGUGAUACAAAGAGAUGAAGAAGAAUCCAAAAUGAUGGAUACAGUAUAG